AAUUGGCUUGAUCAUCAUAUUUAUAAUUAUAGUAGCAGAAUUUUGAAUACCUUUCAUGACUUAUGGCGAGAUUUUGCUUCUGAUAUAAGCAGACACAAGCAAUUGACAAAAUAAUAAUGAAAUUGUGUUUUUGGUUUGCAGGUUAAGACAGGGAAAGGAAAAAAACCUAAGAAAAUAAGAAGUGCAAGUGUCCAGGACAAAAAAAAAGAAAAGAGAAACACGUUAGUCAGAAAAAUUUGUUAACUUUGUGAAUUUUAAUUCUUUUUGAUUUAUUGGGCUAUUGCAUUAAUGUAUUCUUUGGCUCAUUCAAAUGGAUUUUGGUUGUUUAAACCAACGCGAUAUUGCCAAAUAUGUGUGUGAUCUCAUUUAAAAAAUAAUAAUUAUAUAAUGUAUAUUAGAUUUUUUCUUCUAAAUGGGGAUCUUUGAAAAAUAGAGGCCAAAGACAAAUGUUUCAAUGGGUUUGGUCCAGGGCCGGCCCUGUUGACUGAUCUACGACAACAUUACAUAUAAGAGUUUUUACUAACUAAAACCUUCAACUAAAGAUAAAUCGUAAAAAAAAUCUUCAACUAAAAGUUCUGUGAAAUUAACCCUCAACUUUAGUUCCGUUAACAUAUGUUACCCUCCGUCUAAAAAACUGUGACAGAGGAUAUCAUACAUUAAUGGUUUAGAAGUUGAGGGUUUAUAAUGUUGAAAACUUAGUUGAGGGAUUUUUUUACGAUUCAAAAAUAGUUAAGGGGUUUUAUCAUUAAAAGUGAUUAAAUAUUUUAAAAUAUUUAUUAUCAUUUAUACAUUGUUUUAGAUUAAUUUAUAAGCCUUUAAAACUAAUUUAUAACUUUCAAUACAUUAAUUUAUUAUAAAAUUAAUUUAUGCAUCCUAAAUUAAUAAUUUUAAACAUUACUUACAGUUUAAUAUAACUUCAAAAUAUUAUAUUAUUUGAUAUUUGACAAUAGUGAUAUAAGAAAAAUUUUGUGUUUAUAUUAUCAUUGUCAAAUAUCAAAUAAUUUAAAGUUUCUAAGUUAUAUUAAGUCUUACAAAUUGUGGAAGAUAAUUCAUACAUGAAAUCAAUAUUUCUAUUUAGAGUUAGGACACAUUUUUUCCUAUUUUCAUGAUUUUUGACAUCUGGCUCAUACUUUCCCCUAUCCCAAAAAAUAAUGCAUGAUUAUUUUUAUUCUAAUCCGUUAUAUUUUUGUUUUUUUUCUUGAUCAAUAAAAUAAUAUAUUUGAUAUAUUACUUUUGAGUUAUUGUAUUACUUUAUGUUUCAGUAGUAUCAUAAUGUUAGAUUAUUUUAUCCUAAAAAUAGCAAAAAUUGUAAGAACUUACAAAAUAAUUGUAAAUCCAUAUUAAUCAUAUGUAAAAGUAUUAAAUGUUUAUGAAGAUUUAUAAAUCGGUUAUAAAGUAGUUUUAAAGGCUUAUAAAUCAAAUCUAAAACAAUAUAUAGAUGAUAAUAAAGGCUUAAAAUUUAAAGGCUUAUAAAUUAGUUUUAAAGGUUUAUAAAUCAAUCUAAAAAAUUUAUAAAUGAUAAUAAAUAUUUUAAAAUAAUUAAUGACUUUUAGUGAUAAAAUCCCUCAACUAUUUUUGAAUCGUAAAAAAAACUUUCAACUAAGUUUUCAAUAUUAUAAACCGUCAACUUAUAAACCGUUAAUGUAUAUAACCCUCCGUCACAUUUUUUUUAGACGGAGUAUAGCAUAAAUCAACAGAAUUAAAGUUGAAGGUUUAUUUCACGGAAUUUUUAGAGGUUUUUUUUUAUGAUUCAUCUUAGUUGAGGGUUUUAAUUACUAAAACCCUACAUAUAAUCACAAACUGUGCUUUUAGACUGUAUGUCGUAUCAAUCAGAGGAAACCGACAUGCAUCCGGUAUAUAAUCUAAAGUUUUUGCUGUGGUUAAAUUUAAUAUGCAUAAUCCAAACUUGUAAAAUUGAUUGCGCUUGUAUCUAUUCUGCAAUAUAAAACGUGAAGCUACAUAUAUAUAAGUAAAUAUAUGUAGCAGUGAUUUUUUUUUUUGAGAUCAAGUGAAUUUCAGUUGAUCUAAGAUAUACAUAUUGAUGUAUGUGUAGCAAUAAGUUGAACCGAAAUUUUGCGAAGACACAAGUUAAAACGCUAGAUCUAUUAACAUUUGUUGACAAAAAAAGAUCUAUUAACAUUUGAUUUAUUAUAUGAACCAGGGUCGUCUAACAGCACGCACAAGUAGAACGGUCGAAUAGGGUCCUGAAAUAUAAAAAUAAAAAAUUAAAGGAUUUUUCAAAAUAUAUAGAUAACUUAUGGUAAGAAACUUUAAAAUUUUAGAUAUAAUGCUAAAUUUAGAACUUAUAAUUAAAAAAAUUCAGAUAAAAUUAUUAAAUUUUAAAAUUACUUGAUAAAAUGUGCGAUUAAAAAAUUUUUUGAACAGGACCUAAAAUUAAUUUGAGACGGCUUUGAUAUGAACUAUUAUGAGAAGCUUCCACGUGCGUGCAGUAGUUUUCCUAGUGUUUUUUUCUUUUAUUUAUGCUAAUUUAUUUUUAUUUUUAUAUAUUCGAUUCCUAACAACUACAACCACGAUAAUCUGCUUAAGUUCGUUUAUCCAUAUUUAAUGUCCCAACACUUUAAGCGAGUUCAUCAUGUCUAGUACUAGUUUGAUAAACCUAAACUAUAUAUUUCAUAUAUGAAAUAAACUUUAGUAUAUAUGUAUUUAACCAAAAAAACAAGCUUAGUAUAUAUAUAUAUAUUAUAUAUAUGUCAGUUCCUAUAUAUAAAUUUCAGAACGCAUAAACGAUACCAAAAAGGGAAUGUGAAUCUAUAUACAUGCUAUAUCCAAAAGGACAAAGAAGCCAUUACAAAACAUUCCCUUUGUCAUGGGAAGACAUCAACAAGAACGUUGACCACUAGCAUAUAUAAGCGGAUGUGUUUGAUUGGUUUUUAUGAGACACACGUUAAAACUUUGAUAUAGUAAUCAAUUUAUACCACUAUUUAUCAAAGUUGCUUUAUGUUCCUUUUUCUUAAUACAGAUAUAUACUAUUUAACUUUCCGCUAAUUAAUUUGGUAUAUUACAUACAUUAUAGGGUAAUAUAUGAAUCCAAAUAAUAAUAUUGAUCAAAAGCUUUGCUAAGGCAGUUGAACAAAAAGUUAGGUGAAUAUAGUUGGCCUCGAUGUUAUAUACCCUUUUACUCUCAUUCUUCUUCUUUCUUCCCUACAAAUAUCCUUAUCACCUUUCUUCUUCUCUUCUCCUUCUUCUUGAUAUCCCCAAACAUAUACAUAAACAAACUUACAUAUAGCGUGAGAAAGAGAUAAAUCUAGAUAGAGGAAGCUUCAAAAACAAAUGGAAGGGAUAGACAACACACACUCGAUGUUAACACUAGAAGAAGGCGAAAACAACCCUUUUUCUUCUUUUGACGACAAACAGUUAAUGAUGAUGAUGGUUCCUUCCUUAAUGUUUUCCGGCGAUAUGGGCACAUCUUCUUGUUCUCCAGCGAGUUUUCAUAUGUCUUCUCAGCCAGAGAACUUUCAAGGCGGAGGAGGAGGAGAGGCGAUGGAGAUGGAAGGAUUAAAUGAUCACAAUAAUAAAGGGAAAGGCAAGAGAUCGUCGGCCUUGCAGAGAAUUGCGUUUCAUACGAGGAGCGAUGAUGAUGUUCUUGAUGAUGGUUAUCGGUGGAGAAAAUACGGUCAAAAAUCUGUCAAAAACAAUGCUCAUCCCAGGAGCUAUUACAGAUGCACGUACCAUACAUGCAACGUGAAGAAACAAGUGCAAAGAUUGGCAAAAGAUCCAAAAGUUGUCGUAACAACCUACGAAGGUGUUCACAAUCAUCCUUGUGAGAAGCUAAUGGAGACUCUUAGUCCUCUCCUUCGGCAACUUCAGUUCCUCACCAGAGUUUCUGAUUUGUAAAUAUAAUUUAGUUGUGUAAUUAUGUAUAUUAAUCAUGAUUUCAUCACUCCAUUGACAAAACCAAUCCCUUGACCCCAAUCGAUUUCCCAAUAGAAAUGUAUAAAACAAAUCUUAAAUUAUAGGAUUUUCAUGUUUAUUGGGAUGGUAUUUGUUUGUUUUUUUCUUUGUUCUUUCCUUGCUGUGUAGUAUUUAUCGAAGACUGAAUAAAGCGGCUUAACGAAACAA